ACUCUUCAUUUGGACUGUGCACGAGGUGCCAAUUUAGAGAUAGUUUUCAACCAAUUUCUAAUAUUUCCUGCUUAGAUAAUUAAUUUCUCUUGUUAGACAUCUUGAAGUAAUCAAGAUAAAAUGAUCGUUGUGACGAAAACAGCUUUAACAAAGUGGAAUUAAAUAAAAAAGCAUAAUACAUCAUUCAGAGUUAAUUAGUGCAAAUAAGUAAAAAAAAAACUGUGUGAAGGAGAAGUUGCAAUUAAACUUAUUUUGAGUGUUGUGGAAUAUGUUUUUUUAAUGAAAAAAAUUAUCAAAAAAUUGUAAAACAAUGAAUGCGGUUGUCAAUACAACAGCGACUUUCUGUUCAGUCUUCACAUUGCUUUUUGGAGGUUCACCUUUGAUUUUUAGUCCUGCUCCACGGGGGGAUUGUGUAAAUUGCUGCACCAUCAGAGAGCCCAAAGACAUAAGAUUUCUUUUAUAUACAAAAAUUAAUCCGACAAAUCCUGACCAUCUGUAUAUAUCCGAUGAGAAAAGACUCAAAACAUCUCAUCUUAACACCUCCAAUCCAUUGAUACUCUAUCUUCAUGGAUUUUCUGAACAAGCUCCAGGAGAUAUAGGACAGAGCUCCUUUGAAAUUAGACAGGCAUUUCUAGAGAUGGGUGAUUACAAUGUGAUUCUUGUGGAUUGGAGAUCACUCACAGCACUCCCAUGGUAUAUCACUUCUGUUCAGAACGGUCCUCGAGUUGGACGCUACAUCGCAAGAUUCCUGAAGUUCCUAAUUAAAACGGGGAAAGUGAAUCUGGAAAAGAUUCAUGUUAUUGGAUUCAGUCUUGGUGCAGAGGUCGCAGGAUUUAUUGGGAAAAUUUUAAAGGCAUGGGGCCUUUUUUUGCCAAGAAUUACCGGUCUCGACCCAGCCUUUCCCCUCUAUAUGUUUAUGGGGAGUUCUGACCGUCUUAGCGCAUCCGAUGCCCGUUUUGUUGAUGUCAUCCACACAGAUGGCGGUAUCUUGGGCUUUCCUUGGCCAUUGGGUGAUGCUGAUUUUUUUCCCAAUGAGGGUGUACCUCUUCAACCUGGUUGCGCUCGUGAGGAAAUAUCAAAGAACCGCUGGUUGGGCAUAUUUGUUGGGUGCAGCCAUCAGCGUGCGUGGCAGUAUUUUGUUGAAUCAAUACGCCGUCCAAAGGCAUUCCUGGCCACAAAAUGUGAGAAGUCUAGCCAGAGAUUUAAGGGGAAAGUUAAAUACAAGAGCUGUAAUAGGAAAAUUACACCUUAUAUGGGCCUCAUGGCAGACUCACGUCUCCGUGGUCGAUUUUUCCUUACAACAAAUGAUGAACCACCAUUUGGAAAAAAUUUUCCGUUUUAAUAGUUCCUUCUGGAAGUGCAACCCGAUGAAUCUUUUAGUCAGUGAAUUCUUUUUCAGUACAAUUGAAUAUAAUACUAUUUAUGUGUUUCAACUAGGCCAAUGUAUAGCUUUAGUAGUAUUUAAUAAAGAAAUAUCUAAA